AUGAUUCAUGCUGAACUCAACAAUUCUACAAAGUUCAAUGAAUUUAUUGAAAUUUUAGGGGUGAUAACUCUGCGAACAACCGAUAAAUAUGAUGUUAAACAGACACUGGAUUUUCUAACUUUGGUAUUGGUACAGCCAUUUUGGCUUGUGGUUUUUAUUGGAUCCAAGGAUUUUAAAAGUAACGGAGAAUACAUCGAUAAGAGAUUGUUGGAAUCAGGACGAGAUUCAGAAUGUUUCUAUCGGUACAUGCAAAGAGACCAUCAUCAAAGUUUCGCAGAAUGGUUACAUAAAAAGAACGCUUCACACUACACGCCCAUUGCGCCCAUUUAUCAGCAAUCGUUGCUAAAUUUACAG